AUGGUUAAGAACAUAACAUCCUUAGCUGGCCAAUGGCCCUAUCAGAAACAGAGAACGAAGCUAUUAUGUUUAAGUCUGGUGACUUUAAGUACAUGUUCUAUAAUGGCACCGCAAGGAUUAGUUGACUGUGCGAUGUCAAAGACAAAAGAUUCUUCGGUAAAUAUGAACGUUACGUCCCGUUAUUAUAAAACUGUUAAGAAUGUGUCAUCUUUGUGUGGCCAAUGGCCCUAUCAGAGACAGAGAACGAGGCUAUUAUGUUUAAGUUGGGUGACUUUAAGUAUAUUUUCAGUGAUUAUUCCACAAAUGACCAAGUUUGUUACAUGUGAUGGAAACAUACAAUGUAUUUUUACUACUUCGGCAGCUUCUGCAUUAAUAAUCCUAACAUUGGUAAAACUAUAUACGUGUUUCUUUAAUCGAUAUAAAAUGAAAACUCUCAUUGAUAAAUUACUCGAAGAAUGGAAUAGAAUAAAUAAUCCAGAAGAGUGCAAAAUUUUGAAGAAGUAUGCUGAAAAUACUAGGCUAUUAUCUUUUGGAUAUGCAUUCUACUACUUUUCGACCACAGUUAUGUUUAUGAGUGUGUCUUUUAUACCACCACUAUUGGAUAUCGUAUUACCUCUCAACAAUUCCCGUCCUUUACUCCCGCCACAUCCUGCAUAUUAUUUCGUUGACGAGGAAACAUAUUUCUAUUAUAUUUAUUGGCAUGCAGUACUGGGUUGGGAAAUUGCUGUAAUUGGGAUAGUCUCUCAUGAUUGCCUGCUUCUAAUGUAUAUUGAACAUAUCUGUUGUAUUUUCACUAUAGUCGGAUUCCGAUUUGAACAAUUAAUAACGCAUAAAGACACUAACCCUGAAAAAAAUUUACACCCCUAUCCAAAUGUUAAGUAUCGUCAACAAGUUGCGUUCUCAGUGAACACUCAUCAAGAAGCUUUAAAAUUCGCUGAGCUUAUUGAAGAUACGUUUUCAUUAUCGCUGGGUAUACAAGUAGCGCUAAGUACAGUAACGAUCAGUAUUACCUUGUUACAAAUCGCGCAAGACACUGCUGAUUUGUUAAUAGUGACAAGAUAUGUAGUAUACGUUGCUGCUCAACUGAUUCACUUAUUCUGUCUUAGUUUCGAGGGACAGAGGCUAAUAGAUCAUAGUCUUCAAAUGCGUAAUAAAAUUUAUAAUAGUUUUUGGUACCAAACAUCUCCGAAGUUGCAAAAGAUCCUCUUGUUUAUAAUGCGGAAAAGUUUACAGCCCAUUUCUUUGAGCGCCGGCAAAAUUUUCAUUUUCUCAAUGGAAAGUUUCACUUCGAUAGUGCAAACUUCAAUGUCGUACUUUACGGUCCUCGCAACAGUGGAAUAAUUAUUUAAUGAUGAGUAAUAGUCAGUAUCCA